AUGAGGCUCGCGAUAUUCGCAUUGGUGGCGAUCAGCUGUCUGAUAGCCGCGGUCAGGUCAGCGGAGGAAGAGUACGACUACGAGGACGAGCCGGCAGCACCGGUCACCCCAGCCCCGGCUAGGUCGAAUUCCGGCCGACUUGGAGGACUGCUGUCUUCGAGAGGUCGAGUAAACGUUGGAAGAAAAUCGCCAGCAGGCGGAACCGCACAAUCGACUACGGCGAAGGCGAUCGAGCAACCGGUGGAGGUCGAGGAGGAAGGCGAGGAAGAGCUCGAGGACGAUCAAGAGCAGCAGGAAGAAGUUCCCACCACGACAACGGAAUCUUCCAAGAAAGUUCGCGGUGGAGUCAGACCGUUCAGGUCAAACCAGGAUCUGCUGGCAGCGCUCAAGAGAAGGAGAGCCCAAGUAGGACCCACUGCUCAUCGGGAACCCUCUGGUACUCAGACAGCCUCGGACUCGACAACGCCUAAAUCCAAAGCAACCACGCACAGCCGCAAUAAGAGCAACGCUGCCAGCGAGAGCAAGUCUUCGGGACGUGGUAGGUUCGGAGGGUCCAGGGGAGGCAAACCUGUGCAGGAAGAGGUCGAGGAGACUCAGCAGGAGGAGGUCCAAGUGAAACCUAAGCCCUAUCGUAGAGGAUAG